ACAAUCGACACAACCUGGAAGUAGUACACAUAGCCUAGCAGCAUGUUGCGGCAAUUAAAUCGUGUAUAAUUGUGACGUGAUUGUUGUUUUACCGGAAACAUUUUAACCGUUCCAUACGCGCUUAUACAUUUUUAUUACACCGCAGGGUAACAAUUGUUCACCGGAGAUGGGAGUCCCGGCAUUUUUCCGUUGGCUUAGUCGAAAAUAUCCCUCCAUUAUUGUACAUUGUGUGGAAGAGAAGGGUAAAGAGUGUAAUGGAGUCCGCAUCCCCACCGACACCACCAAACCGAACCCCAACGAGGUGGAAUUUGACAAUUUGUACUUGGACAUGAACGGGAUCAUUCACCCUUGUACACACCCAGAAGACAAGCCGCCGCCCAAAAACGAAGACGAGAUGAUGGUGGCCAUUUUUGAGUACAUUGACCGCCUGUUCAAUAUUGUGAGGCCCAGGAGAGUUUUGUACAUGGCCAUUGAUGGUGUGGCUCCACGCGCCAAAAUGAACCAACAGCGCUCUAGGCGUUUCCGGGCCUCUAAAGAAGGGGUGGAGCUCACAGAGGAGAAGCAGCGCAUCAGAGAGGAGAUCAUCCAAAAAGGAGGGUACCUUCCACCUGAUGAGAUUAAAGAGAGAUUUGACAGCAACUGCAUCACUCCAGGCACAGAGUUCAUGGAUAACCUGGCACAGUGUCUUCGUUACUAUGUCGCAGAAAGACUCAGUAACGACCCUGGAUGGCAAAAUGUCACGGUCUUCCUGUCUGAUGCCAGCGUUCCUGGUGAAGGAGAGCACAAGAUCAUGGACUACAUCAGGAGACAGAGAGCUCAGCCCAACCACGACCCCAACACACAUCACUGCCUUUGUGGUGCCGAUGCUGACCUGAUCAUGCUUGGGCUGGCCACACACGAGCCCAACUUCACCAUCAUCAGGGAGGAGUUUAAGCCCAACAAGCCCCGCCCCUGUGCGCUCUGUGGACAAAUUGGUCAUGAGAUCAAAGAGUGUCAGGGCAUGGCACGAGAGAAGCAAGGAGAGCAUGAUGAAUUUGCAGAUACACUGCCAGUGUCUGAGCAGGAGUUCAUCUUCAUCAGACUGUGUGUGCUGAGAGAGUACUUGUCUAGAGAGCUGACUAUGGCCAGUCUUCCCUUUCCUUUCGACUUUGAGAGGAGCAUUGAUGACUGGGUUUUCAUGUGCUUCUUUGUUGGAAAUGACUUCCUUCCUCAUCUGCCGUCCUUAGAAAUCAGAGAGGGGGCUAUUGAUCGACUGGUCAGAAUCUACAAAGAUGUUGUUCACAAAACUGGAGGCUACCUGACGCAUGACGGCUACGUGAACCUGGAGCGAGUUGAGCUGAUCAUGCAGGCAGUAGGCGUGGCGGAGGACAACAUCUUCAAAAAACGCAAAGAAGAUGAUGAAAGCUUUAAGAGAAGGAUGAAAGACAAACGAAGCCGGAUGAAGCGUCAAGGCCCCGCCUACCUCACAACAGGCCAGUUCUCUCCUCAUGCACUGGGGAGAGGACGCCAGCCUGAUGCUGUGGAGAACGCUCGUCACCAAGCCUAUGACAUGAGGAUGCAGUCCAACAGGGACGCCGCCCAGUCCCUGAAGGCCAUGUUAAGGAAUGGUGCAAAUCAGGGCACGUCAUCUGAUGACGCCAAUAACAGAGGUAUGAAGAGGAAGAGUGCAGACAGUGACGAUGAGCCCGAACCAGAAGACAACGUCAGGUUGUGGGAGGAGGGCUGGAAGCAGCGCUACUACAAGACCAAGUUUGACGUGGAUGUUUCAGACGAAGACUUCAAGCAGAAGGUGGUCCAGUCCUACGUGGAGGGUCUGUGCUGGGUGCUGCGCUACUACUACCAGGGCUGCGCCUCCUGGAAGUGGUACUUCCCCUUUCACUAUGCCCCCUUUGCCUCUGACUUCAAGGACAUUCAAGGAAUGUUCAGUGACUUUGAGAAAGAAACCAAACCGUUCAAGCCUCUGGAACAGCUGAUGGGAGUGUUUCCUGCUGCAAGUGGCAACUUCCUGCCAGAAACUUGGCGGAAUUUGAUGAUGAGUCCAGACUCCUCCAUCAUAGACUUCUAUCCUGAUGACUUCGCUAUUGACCUUAACGGGAAAAAGUACGCCUGGCAAGGUGUGGCAUUGUUGCCCUUCGUAGACGAGCGUCGUCUGCGGGCGGCUCUGGCAGACGUCUAUCCCCACCUCACGCCCGAAGAAGUGAGGAGAAAUAGUCUGGGAAGCGACUUGGUGUUUGUUGGGAAGUCUCACCUGCUUUCCGAUUUCAUCCAGGAGCUCUACCGUGCAGAAUCUCAUGAGAGCACUGAGAUCCCUGCGGAGCUCUGUCAUGGAAUCCAAGGUACAUUGUCUCUAGAUGGCGACCCUAUUCUACCAGAUAAGAGCGUGAGGUCACCCAUACCGAUGCUCCGUGACAUUGCACAGAACAGCGCCAUCGGAGUGAAGUUCAAGGACCCUCAAUUUGCUGACAACUUUGUGUUCAAGGCAGUUCUUCUUCCUGAAGCCAAGAUUCCCAAUAAUGUCCUCAAGCCAGAAGACUGGGAUAAACGGGAAAAUCAGCCUUGGAGACCCCAGCUGGGUUUCAAUCCACACAGGCAGCAGGCUCAUUUGGAUCAAUCAGGCUUCAGAGCUCUGGGUCACUCUUUGAACAGAAACCAACAUGGCAGAGGACAGUACAGCAAUGCCCCACCACCCGGCAACUACCACCACCAAGGAAACUACCGCUCCCCUCGUGGCGGCGGCGGCCAUCAACAGGCCUACCAACAUUCCAAACCAGGCAGCUUGUUGGGAACGCCGCCGUCCUUCCAGUCUCAGUCUCAGUCUCAAUGGCAGCAGCGAGGCGGUAGAGGCGGUUGGGAUCGAACCAUGCAGUCGCAGCAGGCGGCGUACCAACACGACAGGAGCCACGGCGGGGGUGGCGGCCCCAGCAGCUACCAGCAGCGCUACGAGCCGCAAAGAGACAACUGGCGUGAGCAAAGAGGACAGGACAAACGGGGACAACAGUACCAGGGUUCCAACAGAGGUUAUGCCAUGCCGCCUCCUUCCAAUCGAUACAACUGGAAGUAAAGAAGACUCUUUUUCUUUUUAAUUCUACUUUUGUCCAAGCAGUUGUUUUAACGUCCAAUCAGAAAGGACAAAGUCUUUUGAGAGAUUCUCCAACAUCUUUUAAUAACUUGUCCAAUAAAACAAGUUUUGAUGAAUUCAA